UUCCUAGGGUUACUGGCCAAAACCAAAACAAACACCUUCUUCACCAAACCCCAAAUUCUCCAUAGCCGUUUCUCUCUCUCUCUCUGUCGAAAAUUCAAACCCUACAAUGAGGAAAGGAGCCAAGAGAAAGGCCCGGCCAGCGGCGGCGACGGAGGAAGCCGCCAUCAAGCCCAAAGCCACCGCCACACGCGCCAAGCGCGUCAAGGCCUCGCAGCCGCAGCCGGAACCGGAGUACGUAGAAGAGCAGCGCAACCUUCAAGAUCUAUGGAAGGCGGCGUUCCCGGUAGGCACCGAGUGGGAUCGGCUGGAGUCAAUUUACCAAUACGACUGGGAUUUCUCGAAUCUGGAGAAGGAGUUCGAAGAAGAAGGAGGGAAGUUUCAUGGAAUCGGGAACAACAAAGUCUACCUCUUCGGCCAGACGGAGACCUCGUCGCCGUCGCAGCCGGUGCUGAUCCCGACCCUCGUGGCCGUCGUGGCGCCUCGGCCGCCGUCGAUGGAGAUAGGGAUUCGGUCCGUCCAGAGAGAAGAUAAGGAGAUAGUGCCGAUGAGGCAGAUGAAGAUGGAUUGGAUCCCUUACAUUCCUCUGGAGCAGAGAGAAGGGUGGAAUUCCGAAAGAGCGAAGAAGUUCGGUUCGAAUUUGCCGCAGAUUUUCGUGUUGGGGUGUACUCAGAGGAAGGCUGGGUUGAAGCAGAUGAAGGAGGAGCGGUGGAUGAAGUUCCAGUAUUGUAUGCCGUAUUUGAUGAAUCCGAAUGAGGAGGAGAAAGAGCAGAGUACUGUGAUGGACAUACUCUUCCCUCGCGAGCCGCAAGCACCACUGUUUGUACAAUUCGAUUGGGAGUUUGAUGAGGUCGAGGAGUACACCGAUGAGCUGAUAAAGGCGGAGGAGUUGAGUGAGGAUAAGAAGGAGGCGUUCAUGGAGUUUGUGAGGGAGGAGGUGAAGAAAGCGAAGAAGAAGAUUCGAGAGGAGAGGGAAGCGAAGAAGAAGCUCAUGGAGGACCCCAAGUAUCAGGAGGCGAAAAUGUACUAUGAGAAUAUGAGGCUUUAUAAGAUUUACCCGGUGCAAACGCCGAACACUCCUGUGAUAGAGAUGAAGUCUAAGUAUAUCAACUACUACUACGGAAGCGCCCAUGAGAUUAUUUGAGCUUGCGCAAUUGAUAUCCUGAGCCUUCCUUGUUUGGCUUUAAAGCUGCUGAAUUAGGUUAGGUAUUCCCUGUACCUGUUAAAGAAUUUUGGGCUUAGUUCUACCAGAAUGGAAUUUUCUCAGAGUAAACUUAUUGUUGUUGUUUAUUAUUUUGAGGCUUAUGCAAGGAAUUUUAGAUGAAUUCGAUUUUGCCUGUCUGAGUUUUA